AUGGGUGAGCGGCUCAGCGGCAGCGAGACCCGCAGCCACACGCCCUCCCCGGGCCGCGUUCCCUGCCAGCUGCACCCGGAGAUAAAGGGGGCCAAGGCCGGCCUGGAGCACAGGGCCCGGGGUGUCGCUGGCGGCUCACCGGAAAUCACAGGCUGCGGGCAGAGCGCCAGGCGGCGGCGCCCGGAGCAGCCCGGCGGCGUGUGCGGGACAAAGGGCGGCGCAGCCCGGAUCGGCGGGCGGGAUCCUGCGCCCCGGGGAGUCCGUGCGCCCCAGAUCCUGCGCCCCGGAUCCUGCAUCCCCAGGAGGGACCGUGCGCCCCAGAUCCUGGGGCCCGGGAGGGACCGUGAGCCCCGGAUCCUGCAUCCCCUGGAGGGACCGUGCGCCCCGGAUCCUGCGCCCCCAGGGGGGUCCGUGCGCCCCGGAUCCUGCAUCCCCUGGAGGGACCGUGAGCCCCGGAUCCUGCGCCCCCAGGAGGGACCGUGCGCCCCGGAUCCUGCGCCCCCAGGAGGGACCGUGAGCCCCGGAUCCUGCGCCCCCAGGAGGGACCGUGCGCCCCGGAUCCUGCGCCCCCAGGGGGGUCCGUGCGCCCCGGAUCCUGCGCCCCGGAUCCUGCGCCCCGGGAGGGACCCUGCGCCCCGGAUCCUGCGCCCCCAGGAGGGACCGUGCGCCCCGGAUCCUGCGCCCCCAGGAGGGACCGUGCGCCCCGGAUCCUGCGCCCCGGGGGGGUCCCGGCGCCCCUGGAGGCGGCCGCAGGUGACCAUGUCGUCGAUGGACCCCCUGCCCCCCGCCCUGCCCCCCGCCCAGAAGCCCACCCGCAUCACGAAGGCCCGGCCCCCCUCCUGGUCGCGGCCCAGCCCGGCCCCCCGCCUGGACCCGCCCCCCGGCAGGGAGCAGCCCCCGGGCAACGUGCGCCAGAUGGUGGGUCGCUUUGAGCCCCGGGUGGGCGGGGGCCCCGCGCCCAGCCCCCCCCCGGAGAACGGGGCCCAGCGCCCCCCGCAGGCACCCCCGGGGACGGAGCUCGCCCCGCCCCGCCCGAGGACGGCACCGUGGUCCUGA